CCCCCCACACACUGAUAUUUACAGAGACAUAUUAAAAUAAUCCGAAAGGCCUGACUUUCAAUUUACAUUCGAAUCUGUAAAAAAUAAUCUGACUGCAGAUGGUUGUAGCAUGACAAACGUGAGCUGUAAAAUGCCAAGAAAAAAAAAAUCCUUUUAUGUCUUUAUACUCUUUUUUUUAUUUUGAGGUAAGGAGCCAACACACCCUGUCAAAGUCCAGCCCUCCUUUUUAACGCUCUCUCUCUCACCCUGUUCACUAAAACUCUGUCCUUUUAUGCGUCCCUAAUUACUGUGACUCAAGACUGUGAAUGAAUAAGCAUCGGUAACUGGUGUUUUUAUGUGAACCAGGGAGCUCUGCGCCAUCCAUCCUCACUCCAUUACAGUCGCCUGAAGCGCAAAGGGCAGCGCUGGUUGCUUCAGUCACUUGUCUCCACUGGCCAUGCGAGAGGAGCACUGGAUUUCCCCGUACGUUUAACGUUGCUUCUUUUCCAAGCUGUUGUCCUUUUAGGAACGUUUUUUUAAGAAGAACAUCUGGCCACCAUGGAUGAAGCCUUCAGAAGCACCGUUGAUCCAGCGUGUUUACAUCGGCCUCCGCUCGCUAUGGACAUGAUAAAGCAACUAGAUACCUUUGAGUUUUCCCUCUAUCUCAUUCUCACCUUCAUGUCCUGUGUUUCCCUGCUGCUGUACCUGGAGCAGUGUGCGUUCCUUUACAAAAAGCAGUCCUAUCCCAUGAAGACCACCAUCAUCUGGGUAUCCGGUGCUGCACCAAUCAUCGCCACCAUGGCCUGCUUGGGGAUGUGGUUUCCCCGCGCCACCAUGUUCACAGACAUGACGUCCAACUGUUAUUUUGCAGUCGUGGUGUACAGGUUCUUUGUUCUGAUGGUUGAGGAGUUUGGAGGCAGCACUGCUUUUCUAAAGCGGUUUUCUGGUAAACCCUUCAUGAUCAACACAGGACCCUGCUGCUGUUGCUGCCCCUGUUUACCUCAAGUGCCCAUGUCACGGCGGAUGUUAUUCUUACUGAAUUUGGCAGGUCUGCAAUAUGCAAUCCUAAGAACGGCGUUCUCUGUCUUUUGUAUAAUUCUCUGGACAAAUGGCAUCUAUGAUCUCACUAAUCUAAGUGCCACUAGUGCAACCCUCUGGAUCAACCUGUCCGUUGGUGUUCUCACCAUCAUCUCCCUUUGGCCUGUUGGUAUCAUCUUCAUGAACCUUAGAUCCCUUCUACGUAGUGUGAAAUUCAUCCCCAAGUAUUCUAUGUACCAACUUGUAUUUGUACUGAGCCAACUGCAGUCAUCAAUCAUCAACAUCCUGGCUAUAAACGGACAAAUCGCCUGCGCCCCUCCCCUCUCCUCUCAGGCUCGCGGAACGAUGUUAACUCAGAAGUUAAUGAUUAUGGAGAUGUUCAUCAUCAGCGUGGUUAACUACUUUCUGUAUCGGCGCAUUUAUGACCCACUUCCCGCCGAGGAGCACGACAACGAGGAGAACGACAAGGCCGCCCUGCAGGCUGCUCUGGAGGAGCACGACGUGUAAAAGGAGAAGACAGGGAAUGCCUGUGCAAAUUAUCUGUUUUCACUAACAGAUAUUCCCGGACUGUGUUAGUUAGGAAAAUGGGUAUUAAUGUACUUUUAAGGAUAAGGUAUUUUAUUUAUCGAGGUACUAUUUUGUGUAGCUUUAAAAACAGUUUACUGGGUGCUAUUUUGUCAUGAAUUCUUUUUACUUUGUCUAUAUCAGUAUAUUUAGUUGAAGGACGUUUCUUUCUUCAUAAUUACAGCAAAUGUAAUUACAUAUGUAACUAUAUGUAAUUUCAUAAGUAAUAACAUAUGUUAGAACAUAUGUUAUUACAACAGACAAAGUCCUGAAACUUUCCUAAAUAACUUGUUAGAGAAAUUUGAAAAGGGGAGUAUUUACUCCUGAAUGUAUUUAACCACUGGAUACUGUUUAAAGUAAAAAGAAAAACACAAGCAGAAAUAUAUAUAUAAAAAUAACAUUUUCAACUGACAAGGUGCAUUAAUACCGUAGGACAAAAUAUUUUCUAUAAUUCUCCAUUUGUUUCUGUGUUGAUGGUAUUUAAAUGUAAAGCCUGCUUUUCUUGGACAUGAACCAAACCGCAUAGUUUCCUUGAGCAAGAAUACAACAUACAGCACACUGUGGAGGCAAACAUGGCAUCGCUGUUCAGCAGGGGUUAGGCAGUGUUGGUUCCACUUUAAAAAACAGCAGCCUCUGGGCAAAACCCUUCAUUAGUAUCACGGUUCCCCAGUAUAACCAAGCGCACACCUACUCCCAUGAUGACCACUAUUCUGAAACACAAAACAAAACUAACUUUUCAGGAUAUUAUUAAUCAGAAACAAAGAA